GCCCACCAACCAGCUGGUCGAUUUGACAACUGACACGCACAUCUCGUCUCCUUCCUCUCACGGCGCGGGGCGUCCGGUACACCAACCCAAACCCAAUCCAAUGGUAAAGCGCCCGAAAAGCAAGGGAAAAAGAAGAGAAAAAAAAAAAUAGAGAGAGGUGUAGCGACUCGCCAAGCGGAGAAAGAAAAGGAGAGGAGAGGAACAGCGCAAACGUCCCCCCCGUCCCCCCAACCUCGGUCGUUGCCCAAUGGCGAAUGAUUCCUCCUCCUUCCCUCGCAGCCUCCUUAUCCCGCUCGCCGCCGGCGGCUGCUCCGACGAUGACGACGGCUACGACGAGGGCCCGUCGGACACCGUCUCCUUCCCCUCCUUCUGGCCGCCGUUCCCGGCCAUCUUGUCUGAUUCCGACUCCGACGUCGCCUUGUUCCCUCCUCCUCCUCCCCACGUGGACCACUGCCCUGCGCCGCAGGGCGCCGCGUCGGCGUUCUUCGGGCUCGGUUUCCGUGAGGAGGAUGACCACGAUGGCGGCGAGUGGGCGCCGCCGGGCGAGGUGGAGUUGCCUCUCUGUUGGGAUUGCCUGCAGCUGGAGGAGCCCGACCACCAGAGGUGGGACAUCGGCGUGAACGGCGGCGGCGGCGACGAGUGGGAGCAGGUCGGCAUCAGGGUGGAGGAGGAGGAGGAGGAGGCCGCGGCGGCGGUGAGGAGCCUGGAGUGGGAGGUGCUCCUGGCCACGAACAGCCUCGGGAGCCUCGUGGUUGACGGCGCCGACUACGACGGUGGAAUCGACACGUUCUUCCUCGACGACGCCGACGACGUGCUGUUCGGGCAGCUCGCCGCGGAGCACGAGCCCCCCGCCGCCAAGGGCGCGCGCGCGGCGGCGAAGGCCGCCGUGGAGAGCCUCCCGACCGUGGUCGUCGACGCGGCCCGCGGCGACACGCAGUGCGCGGUGUGCAAGGACGGCAUGGAGGCCGGCGAGCGGGCCAGGAGGCUGCCCUGCGCGCACCUCUACCACGACGGCUGCAUCCUGCCGUGGCUCGCCAUCCGCAACACGUGCCCGCUGUGCCGCCAUGAGCUGCCCACCGAUGACCCCGAGUACGAGAACUGGAAGGCGAGGCGAGCAGCCGCCGGCGGCAAUGGCGAUGGCGACAGGUACGGCAUCAUUAGGCAACUUUCAAUGAUUGAUUGAAUAUUAAUAAUUAAAAGAGGAAGAGAGAUUAAUUUGAUAUUCAGGAGUUAGGCGGCCCAAAAAAGGAUCUUUUUGAUCGAGAGGGGAAGGGAGGGGAUCGAAUCAAUGUGAAUUUGUGGCAUUUUUUUUUGGUACAGAGUGAUGAUAAUACAGUGCAUUUUCAAGUCGAUUAUGGUAGAGUGAUGAAAAUACAGUGCAUUUUUAAUUCGGUUAUGGUGUAUCUCGAAGAGAAUUGAAGCACUGACAAAGGCUUGACGAGAUUGUUGUUUCUUGUUUAUUUAUAACGGAACAAAAGGAUUAGAUAUUCGUUCGGGAAAAAACGAUUAGAUAAAACUCUGUUAUAAAAAAGGGAAUACUCCAAUAUUCAGUACGGCAUAA